AUGCUGGGUCGAUUGUUGAGCAGUGCAGCGUCCACUUUAAACCCAGCGGCCUACUCGAACCGAAAUUCUACGCAACUGGAAUCCGUCACCGAGGAAGAACACACCUCCGGCCUGCUAUUUCCCGAUGCGAGUCUGCUGCGACGCUCGAAUACGCAUGCCUACCCGUUACAUACCACCUUCAACUUCCCCAAUGCCUCGACAGCCGGUGCUUAUGAUGAUCGUGGGGGCGUGGAACUCGACCCCAUCAAGGACUUUCGGGUGAUCAUCGCCCAGAACGCUCUUGGGGACCGAGAUGCUUGCGUGCUGUUGGAUACCCGUGCGAAUUCGUCGGACUUGACAUCGAACACGCCCGAUUCCGAACCAUACGUGCUCGAUAAUUCGGGAACAAGACAUGUUCGCACGCUCUCGAGUCUGUCGCGAGCCCCUCGCCGCGGAUUCCUCCCCCCUUCCUCCGCCGCCGAUCCGAGCCCGCUUUCUGUCGCCGCGGAAGCCCGUCGAUCCCCCCCGAUGGGCUCCGGUGCUUUCAUCCGCGCUCGUGGCCGCAGUUCGACCCUCUCACCUGCCGGAGGACUGAAUGAAGCGGGCCGCUCACGGCAUCCGGCAGAAAGUAAUGAUACCGGUCUGUUGAACUGCAUUUUCGGCAGCAGUGCGUUCAGCUACCGCGGCUCCUCCACCAAGAUGCACAUCAUCUCCGCAGAUGAGGAAUCGGGACGAACCGCCAGUGAAUCGCCUGCAAGCCGCACCUCGCUCUCACGGGCAUAUACCACCGGAAGUUCGUCGGGGCUUAUAGGCCCUGCACCAGGCAACGAGACCAAGCCGCCGGCAAAAGUCACCAUCCUGCUCACCAGAAUGUUUAGUGUCAACUUGCCCGAGGGGGGCGAGACGUCUCCAGACCGGCCCGACUAUCCUGCUUUCAUGUACCAGGAAUCGCUGCCCGAGAACGGAUUCCCGUUUCCCGACGUCACCAAACGCAAGAAGAUCAAGGAGAAAAAGACGCCGAUGUAUGCCGUGGCCAUCACGAUACAGAUCCCGCUUCUCUCGCGCAACUCGGGACGGCCGGGGUCGCGUUUUAGCUCGCCGGCGACCGACUCCCCCAAGGUGGGAAUGUCGUGCUCACUGGAUUCAGAUUAUCGCUGGCGCGGUGGCUUUCUCGACGACAGCCUGUCUCUUGCCUCCCCACCGGCGAGUUUGGAUGAGCGAAUCGAUAUGCUGGUAGAUCAUUGGGAUGUGAUCAAUCGUACGCUGUCGCACCUGGAGCGACUCUCCCGUAAGGAGAUCUUGUUCCUCCUGAAGAAAGUGGAUUCCUUGUCGGGCGCGAAUCCCAAGCCUGCCAAGCCCCCCAAUAUGCAACGGACCAACCAGACGAUCGUCCAUCUGCCGGCAAACAUCCUGGCUGUGAAUUCGAAGCUGAAGGAUGAGGCCUUGCGGAGCGCCCGUCGGAUCGGCAUUGCCUUGCAGACCCCAUACGUGGUGACGGGCCAGAGCCGCUGGGGUGUGUGGCGAGAAGAAGGACGCUCGAUCGUGCGCAAUCUUGGCGACAAAGAGCAUAGCUUCUUCUUCUUGGUUCUGAUCACGGCAUUCCUGGGUAACCACACCGAGUGGCUCAACACGCUCGGACCGGACUGGUACCGGCGGCGCCACUACCUCCAGCAAAAGGCUCAGCAGGACGCCGACCCCGUCCUUGCCCACCGGACUGUCGUGAUCUCGCCUGACAAGAUGACUGCUCGCCGGCUCAUUUUCUUGCUAUCGGCUUUCCUCCCGGCCAAGCAAUGCUUUGAACCCCUUCCGUCGCCUCUGCGGCCAGGUACUUCGGCGUCUGCACGUGCGAUCUCUCAAAGCCCGCCCACCGUGCCGGUCUUGAGACAGGAAUCCCUCCGCAGGGCUAUUGAACGACGUUCCCGUGCACAGCGCCUGGCCGAGAAUCACCAACGCUCCGUGAGCGCCUCGUCCACUGAAACCGCCCAUCGAUCGGCCGACGAUAUCGAUCCGACGCUGUCUGAAAUCGGCACGCAUCGGAGAGGCUCGGAUGCUCGUUCUAUCAGAAAUUUGAGCGUUCCCAUGCACCCGAGAGACUUGCGGAACAAGAACACCAGCGUCGCGACUACCUCCACGGCGACGCCCGCCACCACUGUCCCAGUGCCUCAUUUCGCGUCGCGACAGCCCCGUCGUGGCAAAGAGGAGCCGGAUCCGAGUACCCCGGGCGCCGACAGUUUGGCGUCGGAGAAUCUCCUGCGGAAUCUACAACGAAGCGAGAGUUCCGCCAUCAGCGCCAACAGCAGCAUCCCGCCCAAUGGUGGGCGCUGGGGCAGUUUAUUCUCCGGCCUGUGGAGCUCGCGCCAGGAAUCCUCGGGGACUGGCGGUAGCGAUUCGAUGGCUUCUGUCGAGCCUCGCAGGCGAUCGGUCUCUGGCUAUGCCGCCCCAUCCAAGCGGAGCCCUCCCACCUUGACCCAAAUGGUCGAGGAAGUGGCAGGAGAAGUAUUGCAUGAAAUCCCCGAAACCAGCACCCCGAGUGGCACCAUCUCCAUUCCCCGGUCUUCCAGUCAGCACGGGAUCGAUGAGCAAGCUCAAGAGCCGUCAUCUCUGCCGGAGCAGAACAGAGAAUCGUCUCUGAAGCUGUCUGUGCGAGGGGAUGAUGGCAUAGUGGAUGUGGAACUCCCCCUUCCCGGCUUCCUUUCUCUUUCCUCGUCGGGCGACUCGACCGUGGCGUCCCCGAAGAAAACCCGGACCUCGGUCACGAGCAUUGACGCAUUGGCCUCCACCCAUAGCAGUAACUCUGGAUUUCACUGUGGGACCAAGGACAACGACGGCCCGAAUAUGAAUGUUGCCGGCUGGCUUAAGACCUUUCACGAGGACUUUUUGUUGCAGGCGGUGCGACCGUACGCGAGCAUCGAAGCCGACAUUAAACGGGCCAUGCAAGCCGAGCCCACGCCCACUGCCGCUUUCUCGUUUGAACCGGAAGGGCAAGAGAAGUGGGUGGACGUUGCCACGACCUUGAUUGCCGACACCCGGAGUUUCAGUGUCAAGCGGCUUCGUCUGAGACGUAAGAUCGUCGGAAAUGGGGCUUGCAAGACCCCAUCCACUCCCGGAGGCAUCUCGCAGCCUGGGACGCCGCGCCACCUCUUUGGUACCGCGACAUCUGCGUCGCAACUCACGAGUUUUUUCUCUCAUGCUUCUGUCUCGAGCAGGACGUCCACCCAUUCCGCUGCGGACGCGUUCGAGGUACCGGAAUAUGAAGAACGAUUUGUCGAGGAGCCUGUCAUGGAUCUGGAUGGUACUCUCGUGGAUGCCCUUGAGCGUGUCCUUGCUCAGAGUGGCCAGUCCUCGUUGGCGCACUCUCGAGCCCAGUCUCCAUCCCGCGCUCGAAGAGGCGACGAUCGAAGCACGUCGGACACCGUCCCCCGGGACGAUGUCCCAUCGCUCGAGGUUCCUCGGGCGGAGUGCCGUAAGAUGGUGCUCGGUGCCUUGGAGGAAGUGGUCCGCAGCGUGACAGCUGAACAUUGCCGCGAGGACGUUGAUGAGGAAGUUGGUAUUGCAGACCGGGAGCGACGACGUUCUCUGGCCGGCGUGGACAAUACCCUACGAGAGGGAAUUCGCAAGUGGCUCCUUGACGUUGAGGAGGCUUGGUAG